CGGUUUCUGUCAUCAAUGUCAACGCGAUCCUCACUUUGGCUGCUGCUGUAGUYUCRUCACCAUGAAGUKGUWUGGUUUCAUUGUAUUCCUUCUAUUUGCUGUUUGUUCCUGGUGUUGUUCUCUUCCACCAGGCGUUCCUGAUUACUCUAUUACCGACAGAGCGGUUCUUGCACCAGUUGUUGUCCAUGGUCUCGUCUUAAACAUCUCGACCACAACACGCAUAAACGUCUACUAUAAGGCAUGUGUACAAGUCUUGGAGGUCAUCAAAGGCGAUCCUAACCUUCCUAGGGAAUUAUGUUUUGGCGACUUUGGUGGAGACUACCUUUGCUUAAGUGAUGUAUACGAAAAUAACACGUAUAUCUUCUUUAUGAAUGCUGAUUUAAGUGCAAGGUACGAUGGCAUACCUGUAUCAGCUUUCUUGGCAAAUGGCCGGACUGURGAUUUGGCAAGACAAGGAUACUGCAAUCCACUAAAACCGAACCCCUUUCGAGUAUGCGAGCGUCCGUCGAUUAAUCGGGAAAUCCURAAGUCAUCAAUACGAGUUCGCGAAGGUCAGACGGCYAUGAUGAGUUGCUAUGGAACUGGUACCGUACCKUUGUUGGUAAACUGGAAGAAGGUCGGYUCUAAAGGAUAUACACCAGCGACUUCUAAUAGAUAUUUAAUCAAUCAAGUUACUGUGAGUGACAUGGGAGUUUACCAGUGUACCAUUCAAAACCCUGCAGGAAAAACUACAGAGUUGGUCAGACUUUUUGUAGAUCCCAUCCCAUGUGGAGCAUUUAUCUACCUUGGGCCUGGUCAACAAUCAGUGAUCGAGAGUCCAAACUACCCUCAGCCUUAUAUGCACGAUAAAAUGUGCUCGUGGAGAAUCUGUCCCUCGCGAGGGCGACGAAUCAAGCUGGAUUUCAAGUCUUUUGAUUUAAGUCGAAGCUUUGGCGAUAACGUGCAAAUCUACCAUGAAUGUGAUGCCGUCAGGUCUGGUGCGACCAAGUACUGUUCGACCACAAGUCCCGGUCGACUGGUGUCCAAGUGCACUUCACAUUGUAUCCAGAUUUGGUUUCAGUCGGCACCUCRGCGAGGUUUUAAAAGUUCCAAAGGAUUUUUUGCCACGGCCACUUCAACCGAUGAAGGUACGAUGACAUAUGACUACAACAAGCUGUAUUGUGAGAKCGAAAUUAUAUUGAGAUUCCUCCCCAAAGUGAAGUCUUUCAGGAGAAUGACUGGUCGAGUCCUCCAAAACUAYAAGACCAAGGGGCCAAAACCUGGUCAAGAUAUAACGAUUCAAAUGACCUCUUUGUCUACUGAUUUAUUUGGAUGCUUCGCUGAUGUCAGACCUGGUAGUGAAUACUACGUCGGUGUGGUGAUUUCGUCACGUGGAACUUACACGUUGAAGUUUGCGCUCCUGAGUGAUGCUCCUAAUAAGCCAAGAUUGUUUGACGUUCACCUAAACAAGUUUAAAACCGAGAAGCAAAAAUGUUCUCCCACACGAUCAUGAAGUGCUACUGGGACCAGACAGCAAGUCACCUAUUGAAAAAUUCUACCCUGGCUGAAUUAUUAAAAAGCAUUGAGUCCAUAGCUUGCCCACAUAAUUUAAUGCAGAAUUAUAUUAAAUUAAUACGCUAAAUUCAAGACCUAUAUAGCUUUGAAAUUGAUUAUUCAGAAAUCAAGCACUGACACCGGUUGAAGUAUAUUUUUUGGAGUUCUUUGCCUUUUAUAAGUGAAUGCUUUUUAUGAAUUAAAGAGUUCAUUYUAAUGGUUUUUAAGGAUUGCACCAUGUUCAUUAAUUGCUGUUGUGAAAUAUUGUUUUCACUUUGUAUCAAUAACAGAGAGAAACCACAUUUUGUCGUUUUACAUAUGAUUUUUUUUUUUCGUGGAGGGACGAGGUAUAUUUCUAGUUUCCUUUGAUUUUCCUCACCUUUGUAAUGCUCAACAUCGAAUUAAAAAAUAGUUUCUCGUUACCCAGA